AUGUUCGUUAGUGAUGGACAGAGGCGUCAUCCAAUCGGGUUCCGCGCGGUGAGCCAAUCGGCGGCAGGGAGAGGCGGGCGCUCGGUCCUGCGAGCAUGCGCGGACGCUGUCGGAGGGUCGAUGGACGAUCGGGAGUAUUUCCUGACCGCGGCGCAGAAAGCGGUGAAGGAGAAAUACCCGCCCGUUAGCAAGAAGUACGAAUAUUUGGAUCACACUGCAGAUGUACAGUUGCAUUCAUGGGGCGAUACAUUAGAAGAGGCAUUUGAACAGAUUGUAAUGGCUAUGUUUGGCUAUAUGACUGACAUUGAAACGGUGCAACCAUCAACAACAAUUGAAGUAGAGGCUGAAGGCCAUGACAUGUUGUCCCUGCUCUACAACUUUAUGGAUGAAUGGCUGUAUCAAUUCAGCGCAGAAAUGUUUUUCAUUCCAAGGGAGAUGAAAGUGAUUCACAUGGAUAGAGUUAAUUAUAAGAUUCGAUCAAUCGGGUGGGGAGAACAGUUUGAUUUGGACAAACAUCCUCAAGGCACUGAAGUCAAAGCCAUCACAUACUCAGCAAUGCAGAUCCACGAAGAUGAGGAACCUCAAAUUUUUGUCAUAAUUGAUAUUUGAUUUUCAUUUUCAUUUACAUUUUUUAAAUGUUUCUUGUGUGUUUUGAAAUGUGUACAGUGUAUACUUUUGACAUUUUCUUGAAAUAACUGAUUAGAGUGUGAAUGUAAGAUAAGUCCCACUACUAGAAGAACAGCCUCUUCUAUUUACGUUUAAGACGCACUCCUUUUAAUUUAUUAAAGAACUCAAUAACAGAAGGUACCAGAUUCCCUACAGUCUGUCUUUAUUAGUGAAAUAUAAUCAGAAUGACUGACUGAUGGAUCUACCGAACUGAUUGCUGUGCCCCAUCUUCUAGAAAUACUUGUCUGACAAAUCAAGAGCAGUUCUGAAUUUCAGCAUAAUUUUAACCCUUUUGAAAUCGAUGAAUUCUUAAAAUUUCCUUUGAAGCUGAAAGAACUAGCAAUGACUGUGCUGUUGGAUAGAUCUACUUGAAGAUUGACUGUUUGAAGUUGCAGUUAUUGUUAGUGAAAAUUUACAUGUUUUUAUUGGAUAUGUAGCCUUUACAAAUUAAAAGACAUGACUGAGAAAUCUGAAUGCCACUUACAGUGAAUCAUUUCAUUGGCGGUGCAAUAGGGAUUACUUUUCCACAGAGCAACGCAGUGUUUUAAUGAGACUUGUACUCUCACUACUGAUUGUUUUUGAUCCUGAACCAUGUAAUGCAUCAUCAACUUUUUCUGUACAUUCAAUGUUAAACAUAGUCUUAACAUAUGAUUUUCCCAAACCUAUGACAGUAGUAAUAGACAAGCUUCUUUUUUAUUGAUAAUCAUCGGGGCAGUGAGGUAGAAUCUUUAAUUAUUUGUUCAUACAUAAUUAAAGUUGAGUUUCUUUAAAUAAUUUUGUAACUUUUUGCAGAAGUUCUAUGAUCCCACUAAU